CAUAGAGAAAAUGGCUACAAAACCAGGGCUCCUUACUGACUGGCCAUGGAAGCCUCUUGGAAGCUUUAAGUAUAUAGUGUUAGCUCCAUGGGUGAUGCACAGCCUCUACUAUGUUGCCACAAAAGGAAAAAAUGAGCUGGACUACACUUAUCUCCUCAUUCUGCCAUUCCUCCUCUCAAGAGCUCUCCACAACCAGAUAUGGAUUUCCAUCUCUCGUCACAGAAAUGCUAAAGGAAGCAACAAAAUCGUGGACAGAGCAAUUGAAUUCGAACAAGUUGACAGAGAAAGCAACUGGGAUGAUCAGAUUCUGCUAAAUGGACUCAUCUUCUACAUUUUCAGCUCCUUUCUCCCAAUAGCCUCUUCCUUGCCAGCGUGGAGGACUGACGGCGUCGUUAUAACGGCGCUUCUCCAUGCCGGCCCGGUCGAGUACCUCUACUACUGGCUCCACAGAGCUCUCCACCAUCAUUAUCUCUACUCGAGAUAUCAUUCUCACCACCAUUCCUCCAUGGUUACUGAGCCAAUCACAUCUGUGAUACAUCCAUUUGCAGAGCACAUAGCUUAUUUUCUGCUCUUUGCGAUUCCGCUGCUCGGAACGGUGAUCACAGGAACGGCCUCGCUGUCGUCGCAGUUCGGAUACAUAACCUACAUUGAUUUCAUGAACAAUAUGGGGCAUUGCAACUUUGAAUUCAUCCCUAAAUGGCUCUUUUCUAUAUUCCCUCCUCUUAAAUACUUCAUGUAUACCCCCUCAAUUCCUGUUAGGUACCACUCGCUCCACCACACUCAGUUCCGAACCAACUACUCGCUAUUCAUGCCGCUGUAUGACUGCAUCCACGGGACUACCGACAGGUCGUCCGAUGGCCUGCACGCGAGCACCCUCGAGAGGAGGCGGCCAGAGUCUCCGGACGUGGUCCACCUGACGCACCUCACCACGCCCGAGUCCAUCUUCCAUCUCCGGGUGGGAUUCGCGUCGUUUGCUUCGAGGCCUCAUGACUCGAGAUGGAGCACGUGGCUGAUGUGGCCGGUGUCGUCGCUCGGCUUCUUCAUCUAUGGCAGCAGCACGUUUCUUGCGGAGACAAAUCUGUUAGUGAAACGAAAGCUGCAGACGUGGACCGUGCCACGAUACAGUGUGCAGUAUGGCCUAAAAUGGCAAACACAAGCUAUCAAUAGCUUGAUCGAAGAAGCAAUACUCGAAGCUGAUGUACGAGGUUGCAAAGUUGUAACCUUAGGAUUGCUCAAUCAGAGUGAGGAACUGAACAAAAGUGGACAACUUUUUAUUGAAAGACACCCUAAACUGAAGACUAAAGUUGUUGAUGGAAGCAGUCUAGCAGUAGCCAUUGUCCUAAACAACAUUCCUAAAGGAACAACUCAAGUCCUAUUCAGAGGAGCUCUCUCCAAACUUGCUUAUGCUAUCGUAUCCGCUUUGUCCCACCGCGGCAUUCUGGUUGCAACAUUGUAUGAAACUGAGAAGCUUAAGCUAUCUUCAACAACUGAGGCUAAAGUUGUAAUCUCCAAAAGUUACACUCAGAAGGUAUGGAUAGUUGGAGAUGGAUUAUCCAAAGAUGAACAACUCAAGGCACCAAAGGGCACUCUCUUCAUUCCUUUCUCCCACUUCCCUCCCAAGAAGGCGCGUGGAGACGCCUUCUACUGCCACACGCCUUCCAUGAUCGCCCCUCCUUCCCUCCAUAACCUGCAUUCCUGUGAGAAUUGGCUGCCGAGGAGAGUCAUGAGUGCUGCCCGCGUCGCUGGAAUACUGCACGCAGUUGAAGGGUGGGGCGUGCACGAGUGCGGUGACUCCAUUUUCGACGUGGGAAAAAUUUGGGAGGCUGCUAUCAAGCAUGGAUUCCGCUCCACAACCAUUUCCAAAUAAUACACUAAUAUCUCUAUCUUAAAAGUUACUUUCCUAUGCAAUUUAAGUUCAUCAAUAAGUCCAUCAGUUUGGAUUUGUGUUAGUCUCAUCAACAAUGUGUGCACAAGAUGGCAUUGAUAUGUAAUAUAUCCAUACAUUUCUUGUUUCCAAUAAGAUACAAAAAUUCAUCUAAGAAACAUUAGUGCAAAGCAUGGUUGAGAGCUCCUCGUUGAGAGGAUUGCACAUUUUGUGCAGAAAAUCAUUAAACAGCAACAAAAAUGCAGAGAUGAAGUCAUUCCAAUCGUAUUGGUUUCGAUUGAGUGAAAUAAUCUGAGGAAGCUGAGCUCUGCAAAGAGGGCAGGUCAAGUGCGAACGGAGCCAUACAUCAAUGCACCUCGAGUGGAAGCUGUGGCCGCACUCCCGCAGCUUCCGGUAGCAGUCUCCGCCGCGUAUGUCGUUGAGACAUAUGGAACAGUAGUUCUCAGUCUCCGAGCUCUCGUCGUAUAUGGAAGCCGCUGGCAUCCGCUCUUCUUUGCCGGAAAAUUUCUUGAGGAAUGAUUCCAUGUUUGAUAGUAAAAGCUCUGUUUUUUUAUUUUUUGGUGUUGAAAUGGAACUUAAUUGUGAUU